AUGACCCAGACAAAUAUCAGCAGGGUUUUGAACUGUUGCUGUCAGCCUUGCGUGAUCCCUCAGAAAGAGUCGUUAGUGAGUGCCACACAUCAAGUAUUUUUACCAGCCUAUGCCCCCUGUCCUACAGAACUUGGAAAUUUACAGUCUCACCUAAUACCCACAUUGCUGAACAAGAUUGAAAAACUUCUCAGGGGGAUCUUCCUGAUCCAGGGAUCGACCCAGGAUCUCCUUCACUGCAGGCAGACUCUUUACCUUCUCAGCCACCAGGACUGUAGCCCACCAGGCUCUUCCAUCCAUGGGACUUCCUGGACAAGAUUACUGGAUGACUGGGUUCCCUCGGCCUGUGUCACCUCUUCAAGAUGUAUCUACUAUUAUUGGAAGUCGUGA